CAGAAUUUUAGCAUGGCUAGUGUUUCUGAUGACGAUAUUAUUCGACGGCGCCUUCUGAUAGAAGGUGAUGGAGGUGGUGAUGACAGAAGAAUUGGAUCGCUCCUGAAGAUGUUUAUUAAAUGGUGCCAGGCUACAGAAUCGGAUGAGGAGAGCUACGCCACAUUCCAGAAGAUGAUGAUGAUAUUAGCUCAAUGUGACACGGCCAUGGAGAAGACGCUCUCUGUCUAUGAGAUGAAUCUCACGGAACAGAAGACAUACGAACAACUCAAUAACCAAAUUGAAAAGAGUAUAAAAGAAGCCUUUGAUAAAAUAAACGAAUGCAAAACGGAACUUCAGCAGGCGAAGAGAAUAAGAAAGAACCGACAAGAAUAUGACGCUCUGGCCAAGAUGAUCCAGCAGCAUCCAGACAGACAAGAUACAAUGAGGCAAUUGGAAGAACUUGAUAAAGAGAUGGAAAGUUUUAAAGCAACGAAACAGUCGCUGGAAGAAAAGCUUGAGAUGAGAAGAAAACAGUUCCAUGUUUUGAUUGCUGCUAUUCACGAAAUGCAGAGUAUACUUGACGGAGACGAUGAAACGUCCGAGGUCAAGGUUGAAAUGGACACGACUUAAUGUCAGAAAGAUAUGCAAAUUGUUUAACAUAUUUCAUGAUGUAUGUGAAUUUUAAUUGCCAGGACCAGAAUCACUGAUUAGAAAACAUGGGAAUAAAUCAAACUGCUAGGACAGAAUCACUGAUUAGAAAACAUGGGAAUAAAUCAAACUGCCAGGACUUGAAUGGCAGAUUAAGAAAUGUGGGUUUAAAUCAUGCAUUGUCCCCCUGCUUUUCAAUUGGCGUGCCCUGGGAAUUACUUAGGCACUAUCAGACCCAGUCGACUUGUGAACUUCGAUUCCAAGAGGCUUGCUACCAAGGUGAGGUUCCAAUCGGGAGGUAACCGCCCAAAGUGGCAGUAGUUCUUGACUGGUAACUGGUGGUCUGAAAGGAGUUAUGAGGUUACACAGACUUGGCUUAUAUUUGUAUCAAAUAUAUUUGUUUUGAAUAAAGUUUGUUGUCACAUUA